GGCUUUGUUGUUCACUCCAUUGGAACGACUAUUACACAACACAGCCAAGCUGCGCUUCCCCGCCGUUCUUGGUUUCCAUUCAACAACUCAGCAACUCCCUCCUCUCCAGAUUGUCGCUACCAAUUCGCGAUCAUCAACGUCGCAGAUUUCAUUCGGCAACCCGUGCUCUCGAUACUGCCCAGCUUGGCGCGCCCGGAUCACUCGACUUCUGAUCCCCAGUGUCUAAUCGGCUGCGCUUACCGCUUCCCAACGUCACCGCUACUCUCGGCCGUUGAGAACAUCUUGACAGCGCACGCCGCGACUGCAGGGCGAUAUUGAGACAGCUCCAUUUGCCGAGCGCUUGCAUUCUGAGUUGUAGGCAAGAUGAAGUACCUAUCACUCCCGUCAUUUGACGUGGUGACAAGCGCGCUCAAUUUCGAUACGCCUGAUUGCCAUGUGACGGGCAGCUGCGAUCUCUACACAACCAAGGCUGCGGGAUCCGACAAGAAGCUUUACAAGAACAUCCAGCAAUCGCUGGAGUCGCAACAUGCGGCGCUCCUCAAAUUGGGCAAAUCCCUCUCACCGCCGCAGCGCGAGUCCAUGGCGGCCAGCCUGAACCUGAGCCGCUCGUCACCAUUCGGGUCGUUGGAUCAAAUGUCGAACCGGCGCACUUUUGCGUACCUGAUCGCGACGCUAAACGCGUCUCACCCGGACUACGACUUCUCCCACGUCCUCCGACCGGCGGACUUCAAGCGAGAGCGCUCGCUAAGUCGCGUGAUGACGCAGAUUGACAGCACACUCAGCAGCGUCCGCCCAAACUCGACCCUCCUCGACGUCGCCGUACCGCGCGGUUCGCCAGCCAAAGCCACCGACUUCAAUACCGGGGUCUCAACGGCGCCCGCGUGGGGCCCGCAGAUGUGGGCCAUGAUUGAUAAGGAGAUGGUGCUCAAGGACUGUAUCAUCUUCUCGUACCAACCCGCCGACGACCCGUUCGACGAGGAGGAGGGCGCCAUCUGGGCACUGCACUACUUCUUCUUCAACAAAGCGCUCAAAAGGGUAUGCUACCUUUAUGUGCGGGGCGUACCCGUCAUGAGCCACAGUCCGCGCCUGCUACCGCAUUCCGCCCUGUCGCGCAGGGCCAGAACCAGCCUGUCUGGCAUUGGCGACGAUGAUUCAGAUGAUGUGGGCGCGAACAAGCGGGCGCGCUACUGGCUGGGCGAUAGGUUUGCCGAGCGCGUCACAUCGAGCGACGACGACAUGGACGACGGAUUAGUAUGGAACAGGGAUGCCGAUGGCGAUGUGAGUUACCAGUACGACGACGACGACGACGAGGACUAUUCCGAUGAAUUUGGCCAAGAGGACGAGGAUCAAGCCGCGAUGGAGAUGGACGGAGACGAAGAGCCCAUCGAUAAGCAGCGCGGGCGAAGAGAAAGCUUCGCCCGGGGUGUCAGCGAGGAUAUUGCUGGGAGGAUGGAAAUUGACGUCUGAUUCCUGUUUCUCCGCUCACGUUUGCCGCGCUCCGCUCAGUAGGAGCGGUGAUGGUUCCAUCCAUCUCACUUCAGUUCCUGCGAGUUUCCAUUGCAUUCUUUUUGAUCUAUUUCCCUUCUCAUCUGCUCGGUCUCAUGGGCUUAAUCUCUGCUACAAUUUGUGUGUACAUGUGGGAUGGGGU